CACAUCCGGCCGCUGUCCACCACUAAGUCAGCGCUGCUCAGCCGGCCUGCAGAGUGUGCUACACUUUCGACGGCCAGCCGUGAUGUUAUGUAAAGAUGGCUGGUCCGUCCGCGCCGCCGCGCUCUGCCUCCUCUCCCGUGUGCUCUGUACAUUUUCUUUGUCCCGGGUGCUGGUCGCUGGACGUGUCUUUCGUUUCUUUCGCACCGAGGCAUGAGUCCUUCCCUUUACCUUUAGUGGCUGCUUGAAACCGCCAGCAUGGAUACAUUUUCUUCGUGGUUUGCUUCCUUUGCGUCAUGUUGCGGCUCGCGCGAGAGAUCUGGGUCGGGUGACUCUGGUCGUCGCCUUAUCUCGAACCGUACGCCAAACCUCUCAGGUUCCGAGAGGAAUAUCGUUGUCUUGCGGGACCAACCCGCCAUCAUCCCCAGGCCAUCGGCAGACCCGGCGUGGUCGAGCGAGAGGACGUACGAAAAGACGCUCGACAGGGAGGCAGAGCGGACACGGUUACGGAGGCCGGCGAGUCGCGACAGCUCCGUGAGGAAGCACUUGUUUUCGAGGUCGUCGUCCUCGGUGCGCCGGCUGCAAAUAUCAGGGCCAACAGAUUUCCGUCACCUACAAUCCGAGUCAUUCCAAUUUCCUCCGCAGCAGCCUACGGAGCAGUCUAGGCCACGUCCCCGCUCAUUCCGGCCGAUCGAGCUCAGCAUCUACCAGCCGGACAACCGGUUGUCGGCCAUCCUUCCGCAUGUUGACUGCGAGAUUACACAACCGCCCCGGGUGUACACGGGGAACAGCUCCAAGUGGGACGCCAGCAGCGGCACGACGCUCGCAACCGAGCGUGGCCACCACCAAACCAUGUCGUUCCACAUCCCGCGGAAGCACCGCCGGCAGGAGUCCGGCAUGUCCGACGCCAGUAUGAGCCCGCCGAGGAUACCGCCCAAGUCGAGGGCGCGUGCCUCGACGGCCCCUAAUACGGAGCGCAUCGUCGCGCGGAUCGCCAGCGCCAUGAUCGAGAAGGAGAGGUUGCAGGCUGAAAUCAACUCGGUGGUGCAGCGGCAGAGCACCUACUUUGGCAACCGGCCGUUGACCGCCUUUGACAUGGGGGCGCUCGAACCGAUGCCAUCCAUCCCGGCGCUGCCGGCGGCCGCCCCGUCCUUUGCCCAGCGUCUCAGCCUAGACGACCGCCCUCGCACCGCGCCGUCGCGCGUUACCAGCAUGACGGUGCAAGAAAAGACGCUAGAACUCACCGCCGCUGCGCAGUCCAACACCCCCCAACCCACCUACACCGCCGCCCGGCGCGCCAGCUCUCCCGAGAAGGGUUCCGAGCGCCUCGAACGCCCCCUCGCGCCACCCCUCCCCUUAGUCCUGCGCCCGCCCCUCCGCAAGAAGAAAUCCUUCUCCCGCGUGUCCCACUGGCUCUUCAACCCCGACGAAGAGGACGAGAACCUGCAGAGCGCCGCCGACGACACCACCCCGACCACCAUGACGUUCGGCACCACCACCGCCGCCACAACCACCACCACCACCUCCCCGCGGCCGGUCAAGGAAUCCGACGGCUUCUACCAGUGCGUGGCGCCGCCCGAGGGCCUGCCGCGCACCAGCAUGGAGACCUCGUCGUCCGUGUACACGUGGGAGACGGGCGGCGAUGAUGAUGACGGUGAUGGUGAUGAGAGCGGCAGCGAUGGGGGUGCCAAGACGCUCCCCACUACGACUACCGCGUGGUCCCCCGACCAGACGCCCAAGCAGGGCUCGUCGACGAGGCAUACCACGCCGGUGAUUGGGUUUAACAAGGCCGAGUUUGAGAAGGAGAUUGCUGCCGGCGGUGGGGCUGGGGUUGGCGCUGAGGGGUUGGGCGUGGUGAGCCCGUAUCCGAGCCCGCCCGCGCCUCGGCCGAUGAGCGUGGGUGUUGCGUUUUGAAGAGGCGGAUAUCCUUUUUACUUUUUCUUUUGUUUCACCUAGGGUAUUGAUACCCUUCCUUACCUUUGUAUCUGUAUGGAAACUCGGGAUGGAUUGAUGGAUAGAGCGGUGGGAUGGGUUGGGUUGGG